CACAAAUCCUAAUAACCAUCACAAACCCUAGCAGUCAAUACAUUACGCAGAGACCAAAAACAAAAAAACAAGAUGAAGGUGAUCGCAGCUUUCCUCCUCGCGAAACUCGCCGGAACCGAGAAACCAACCAAAAAUGACCUCAAAACCAUCUUCGAUUCCGUCGGCGCUGAGUUCGACGAGGCGAAGGUGGAUCUGUUGUUCUCUCUGGUGAAGGAUCACGACGUGGCGGAGCUGAUCGCGGCAGGGAGGGAGAAGAUGGGAGCGCUCUCGUCUGGUGGUGGAGCUGUUGCUAUGGUGGCGGGAGCAGGAGGAGGAGAGGAAGCGAAGGCGGCUGAGCCAGAGGCGGAAGCGAAGAAGGUUGAGGAAGAGAAGGAGGAGUCGGAUGAUGGAGGCAUGAUGAGUCUCUUUGAUUAGAUUCGUUUUUUUUUUUUUUAUUGUGUCUGGACGUUUAGAUGGACGAAUCUGAAAUAAUUAUCGGUUUUAGUUUGGUUUUUUUUUUAAGUGGAUGGAUCGUUUGUUGGUAAUAAUAUUAUUAAGGACUUAUAAUCUAUCUUUAUGUUAUUCAGUUUAUGAUUUUGUUUGUCUAAGAAUUGAAUACAAGACUUUCAACAUGCAUUUCUUUGUGCUAAG